AUGAUUAAGAUACUGUCCAUACUCGUAUUCGCCAUGAUCUUCAUGGUUGGAAUGUCCUCUGCUGAGGUGUUGGCUGGCCGUGAAUGUCAAGUGAAUUGUUACCGUGAUAUGGCCAACUGUUGGGACUCGUGGCUCCAGAACAUGCGUACCAAUGACCCAUGUCCAUGCAUUCCCAAGUUCUUCGAGUGCAUCUACCGUUGUGGAUACCCAUACUCAUAA